AUGGAUUUCAUAAACUUCACAUCACUUAAUUCCACAAGUGGUAACGACACGGAUACAGAUGAUCAAGGGAGUCCGUACAAGACGGUGGAGGUGGUGUUCAUUGUUUUAGUGGCUGGAUCACUUAGUCUGGUCACUGUCAUUGGAAACAUCCUAGUCAUGCUUUCCAUCAAAGUCAACAGGAGCUUACAGACUGUUAACAACUACUUUCUGUUCAGCCUCGCAUGUGCAGACCUCAUCAUUGGUUUAUGUUCCAUGAACCUCUAUACUGUCUACAUUGUGAUUGGCUACUGGCCGCUGGGUCCCGUUAUUUGUGACCUGUGGUUGGCCUUGGACUAUGUUGUGAGUAAUGCAUCUGUCAUGAACCUCCUCAUCAUCAGCUUCGACCGCUACUUCUGUGUCACGAAGCCCCUCAGUUACCCCGUUAAAAGGACAACCAAGAUGGCAGGCAUGAUGAUUGCAGCUGCCUGGGUGUUGUCCUUUAUUUUGUGGGCACCAGCCAUCCUAUUCUGGCAGUUCAUUGUUGGAGGCCGCACAGUACCUGACAGAGAGUGCUACAUUCAGUUCUUCUCCAACGCUGCUGUCACCUUUGGCACAGCCAUUGCUGCCUUCUAUCUGCCCGUCAUCAUCAUGAUGGUUUUAUACUGGCAGAUCUCCAUGGCCAGCAAGAGCCGUGUAAAGAAAGAUAACCGUAAGCCCUCCGGGACCAGUCCAGGGGCCACAUCUCCUAAACAGAUAAGAAGCCAUGUUCCAAAACCAAACAACAACAAUGUCACAACGGAUGAUCAGACCCACACCCAGACACUGACCACAGACGAUGUGGCGAACCAACAUGACGGCAGAGUGCAGAAUGGCAAAGGUCCUUCAUCUGCUAAUGGAAUGGAGGAGGCAGAGGGCGAGGAGGGAGCAAGGGAUAACUGUGUCGCCGCAGAGGAGAAAGAAAGCUCUAAUGACUCCACCUCCGGCAGUGUGGCUGCACCCAAUCAGAAGGAGGACAAGGCUGUGCUGUCCAGAGCCAACUGUGGGGUCGACAGUAAUCAGCCACUCACCCGGAACCGUGCAAAAGCUGGUGGUUCCAAACUCACUUGUAUUAAGAUCGUCACCAAGUCACCCAAGGGUGACUGCUAUGCUCCCUCCAAUACCACAGUGGAAAUUGUCCCGGCUGCAGAGAAGCAGAAUCAUGUGGCACGGAAGAUCGUUAAGAUGACCAAGCAGGCACCGAAGAAGAAGAAAACUGCACCAUCCCGGGAGAAAAAGGUGACGCGGACCAUCAUGGCUAUUCUAGUGGCAUUUGUUGCCACAUGGACCCCAUACAAUGUGAUGGUCCUGAUUACCACUUUCUGCUCCUCCUGCAUCCCCAGCACCGUCUGGACUAUCGGCUACUGGCUCUGCUACAUUAACAGCACUAUCAACCCUGCCUGCUAUGCUCUCUGCAACGUCACUUUCAAAAAGACCUUUAAACAUCUUCUCCUCUGCCAGUAUAAAAAUAUUCGUGCAGCUAGAUGA